CGAGCGCUCUUUGCGGGCAGAUCGUCAGCGGAUUGGAUGGAAUCGAAUUGGAUUGUAUUGGAUUAAGCUAAAGAGAGAAAACUUAAACUUCGGCUUUUCAAAACCUAUCAAAGCAAAAUUAAAAAAAAUAAAACUUUUGGACUUUUUCGAAUAUCAACCCGACAAAAUGUUUCUGCUCACUCGCGUCGAGUACACGGCCGAGCAGAUCUUCAAAAUCAAGCAACUCAGGCAGCUGGUGGAAAGGUCCCGGGAGCUUCAGGUGGGAACAGACGACGUAUUUCUGACUAAAUUCCUGCACUACACACACUGGGAUACAAUCAAAGCCUACCAGGCGAUCCAUGCCUACUACGACUUCAAGCACAAGCAUCCCAGCUGGGUGGCCCGACACCCGAUUGAGCACUAUCGCAAGAUUUUCUACGGCACGCGCUGUCGCUUUGUGAUGCCCCAUGCGGAUAAGAAUGGACGGGUCCUGGUAAUAUUCAAGACCGUGGACGCUUUUGAGCAGUUCCCAGACUAUCUGCAGGGUCUCAUAGAAAUGGACGAUCUCAUCUUUGAGUCGCUUCUCAUGCUGCCGCGUGUCCAGGAGAAUGGGAUAACAGUUAUCUGCGAUCUCCAAGGAACCACUCGGAAUUUUCUGCGACAGUUUUCGCCAGCGUUUAUGAAGGUGGUGAACGAGAAGAAUGGAGUUCUGCCCUUUACCCAACGCAUUGUCCACCUCGUACAGCGCGGAUUCCUCAUGCAUAUCACCUCCACGCUGUUUAUGCCAUUCAUGAACAAGGAAUUCAAGGAAAGGAUCUUCACCCACGAUGGAAAAAAUCUUAGCAAGCUGCGGGAUAUGGUGGGCUACGACUGUCUGCCGGCGGAAUACGGGGGUCCAGCCAGUAAUGUUCUCGAUACAAAUCUGAUGUUCAAUCAUUUAAGUCAGAACGCAAGUUAUCUGGAACAGCUGCAGCACUACGAAAAGAAAAUAUUAUAAUUCACAGUAUAAAUCACAAUUGGGUUGAAUUUCGAAAAUGUAAAAAAAAAAAAA